AUGUAUGCCGAACAACUCAAAUUUUUAGAUCCUAUUUAUUGCGAUCCAAACUCGGAAACUGAGCAUAAUAUCUCGAAUAUUUUAAAAAUUGCCGAAGACUCUCCUUCUGAUAGUGACGACAAUAUGGGGCAUUUCAAAGAGGAAGUUUUCUUAGAAGUUGGGUACGAUAUAUUUGAAACUGGCACUAAUAGAUCGGAAUCACAAAAUUUCUUAGAAUCCGAAGGUAAUAAUUCCAGAACUGUUGAACAUAACCAUACAUUACAUAUUUUGGGAAAUUUAAUCGAGAAAGAAGAAGACGAAGAUAGAUCGUUCUUCAAAGCUGUACUAUCUUCUGUGAAAUCACUUUCAGAAGAUUCAAAGUUAGAAUUUAGAAUAUCUGUUCUAAAACUAAUUCAAACUUUGAAAAAUAAAGACAAGCAAAGAAAUGCCAUGAAAACAGAAAUUCCCAGAAUAUAUUUAGACGAUGAGUGA